CUUUCUUUCUUUUCUUUCUCUCUCUCUCUCCCAUCUCUGGAUUUCGAUUUUACACAAAAUCACAAAUACUACUACUACUGUACACAAAAUAUAACAACAAUAUAUCAUAUGAUCUAUUAAUAUUAUUAAUUAUCUCCAAAUUAAUCACAUAAUAAUCAACGUCAAUUAUAUCCAUCUUCACAUAUUCAAGGUGUUUGAUGAAAUGCUAAGAUGUCUCCGGUGGUCAAAGUGAGGAGAGCUGAGGUUGCGGCAUGCAUGACAUGUCCGAUUUGUAAUAAGUUGUUUAGAAAUGCCACUACUAUCCCUGAAUGUCUUCAUACAUUCUGCAGGAAAUGUAUUCGUAAAAAGCUUGUAGAUGAAGAACUUGAAUGUUGUCCAAUAUGCAAUAUCGAUCUAGGUUGCGUACCUUUGGAGAAGCUGAGGCCCGACCAUAAUUUACAAGAUGUGAGGGCCAAAAUAUUUCCAUAUAAACGGAGAAGGGUGAAGGCCCCUGAAGUUAUGCCUUCUGUUACUUUACCAUCAAGGCGAAAAGAGAGAUCACUAUCAUCUCUAGUAGUCAGCACACCAAGAGUGUCAACACAACCCACAAUGACUGGAAAAAGGUCGAGAGUUACUUCAAGGAAGAAAUCACGUGGUUCAAGUUUCUCAGCUGAGAAAUCUGUUAAGAAAGAAGAUGACUCUGAUGAAGAUUGCCAAGAGAGUUCCAGUUCACAGGAGACAUCAAACAGGAUCAGUCACAAUUCAAAGCAGAAUUCUUUGACCGCUGAGCCAUUUGGUCAUCUUCCUAGUGAGGAAGAAAAAACAGGUGGUGAACCAUGGAAAGGGAAAGUUGACUGGAAACCUUUGAAUGAUCUUGUGGAAGCAGCAAAUAGGAGUAAAUCUUCAAAACUUACUUCUCAGGGGUCCAUAGCCAAAUUACAACCAUCGUUAACCAACAAAAGUGACGGGCAUAUGCAAAAAACUAAAGGGAAAGACCUGCUACAGAGAUUAAUUAAUGAAGAUGAUAAAGAGGUUACGGAAUCAGUAAAACCUAAUAAGUUUAGGAGGAAUCGCAAAAACAAGUCAAAUGGUUUAGAAGAUUCAAGUGUCACUACUGCCCAAGCUAUUUUGGAUGCUGGUACCAACAAUAUGGCCCGUGAGAAAAGAACAUAUCCUAUUUGGUUUCAAUUGGUGCCAUUUGAACAACAGGAAGGGGAACCCUUGCGCCAGAUAGAAGGGCGUUAUGUCAAAUUGAAUGAUGGAAAUGUACCUAUUUCGAUUAUCCAAAAGCUGGUGAUGAACAAAUUGGCUCUUCCCAGUGAACAUGAGGUUGAGCUUAGAUGCAUGGGUAAGCUAGUCGUACCCACACUGCAGUUACGUAAUUUGAUGGAGCUGUGGCUACAAGCUCAUUCGGACAUAAUAACAGCAAAAAUCGGCUCAUCUGCACAAGAAUUUGUCAUGAAAAUAUCAUAUGCAAAGAAGGCUCCAACUCUAGCCCCAGCCCCAACCCCAACCCCAACCCCACAAACAUCAUGAAUGCCGAUGAAUUCAAAGGGAAACAGAACGUGAGAAUCUGGCUGUUGUGUUGGUUAUAGUUGAUAUAGUUUAUGAGAUUAUAGUUAGUACCUGGUAAUUUCUUAAUAGAUUUUUGGACUAUUGUUCAAAAACUCUUUGAAUGUGUUAUGCCAUUAUUCAUAUUGGUGAAAUUUGGCAUUUUAUUAAAAUCUAGCUUUGACUAAUGUUGUCGAUCAAUUAUUGUAUUGUUUUGGAGGUGGCAACAUGGUUGAGGACGACAUGUUGGGUAACUGGUGAAGCUGUUAAGCUUUCGUACGUUACCCCCGUUUAACCAAUUCUACCCACUAUUCUUAAGAUAAUUUAUAUAUUUCA